UGAAAACGCUAAGCGGAAGUGAAAGUUUUGCAUGGCUUUUGACAUGUAUUCAAAGAGCGAGUGGGGGCUGUCUUUUAUUGUUACCGGAAUUUUAUCAGUUCACCAUUUUAAAGCUUCGCCACCACGUACAAAUGGCAGCCUGCUAAUGUGGACCGUCGGUUCCGGAAUCUCUCGAUAGCGUUUUCGCCUCGUCGUGCCUUCGUGAAGCCCCCUCCUCUAUCAUCACAAGCAACACCAUGGCGUCGCCGCUGUCCCCCCGCCGCACAUCUGUCACACCGGCGUCGGUGCUGGUCGUCGUACUCCUAAUAAGCGCGAACGCCGCAGAGGCCUCCCAGGGUGACAAAGAACCGAUUUACCGGGACUGCUUAAAGACGUGUGUCCAGAGCAAUUGCACCGGAGCUCGGCUACGAUGGUACCAGACGGUCCAGCCGCAUUACAUGGCGCUGACAGGCUGGACUUGUCGUGAUGACUGUCGAUACGAGUGCAUGUGGACCACCGUGGGGCUUUACCAGGCCGAAGGCUACCAAAUCCCGCAAUUCCACGGCAAGUGGCCGUUUGCCCGCUUCCUGUGCUUUGAGGAGCCUGCGUCCGCCCUGGCCUCUCUCCUCAACGGCCUGGCGUGCCUUCUCAUGAUGCUGCGCUACCGGAGCACCGUGCCGCGCCAGAGUCCCAUGUUCCACACCAUUAACGCCUUCUCUCUGGUAUCACUCAACGCUUGGUUCUGGUCCACAGUGUUCCACACUCGGGAGACAUUCCUUACUGAAAAAAUGGACUAUUUCUGCGCGACUGCAGUCAUUCUCUACUCCAUUUACUUAUGCUGUGUCAGAACACUGGGUCUGAAGCACCCAGUGGUGUCCAGCAUCGUCGGGGUGGUGCUCAUCUUGGUCUUCACGUCACACGUGUCCUACUUGACCUUCGUCAGUUUUGACUACAGCUACAACAUGACCGCCAACAUCUCCUUUGGCAUGGUGAAUCUGCUGUGGUGGCUCUUCUGGUGCUGGAGCAACCGGCGUACGCUACCCUACUGGUGGAAGUGCGUCCUGGUAGUUUUGCUGCUUCACGGCCUGGUCCUGUUAGAGUUGCUGGACUUCCCACCGUUGCUCUGGAUUCUGGACGCGCACGCCCUCUGGCACCUCAGCACCAUCCCAGUGCACGUCCUUUUCUACAGGUUUCUUUUGGCUCCUUCAGUUUCCUGAUAGAAGACAGCCUCUACUUGCUCAACACCGAGAAGAUGGGCGUCAAAGUGGACUAGGGGCGGAGCCUCACGUCACGCCGGCCGGACACCCCCAGCCCCGCCUCCUACGUGACCUGCAUGACACUUCUCAUCGGGCACAACUAUUUACAUUCUUUUCUUCUUGAUAUUUAUUUUAACUUUCUUUUCUUCUUUUUGCCUAUGCGGGAACGUUUCAAGAUGUGACAAUCCUUUUUAAGGGAGUUUGUGUAAAUGCAGUUCACAGUUCUGCUCGAUGGAUGGCGCCACAAUCACUAGUUAUUUUUGCUUACUGGGUUUUCUUUUGUUUUGUGCCUUUGACUCCCUUAAUGAUUAUUUAUUUCAUUUGAUUUAGUGCUUUAUUUUGAUUUUACCUCAAGUGGGAAGUGCUCGACCGCCAUGAAAUUGAAUUUAUUUGAUUCACCUGGAUUGCCUUUUGAAAGCAGAGCCGUUGACGGCGAUAGACGUCCAAUAACGUGGCUCUUUUAAAUCCUUCUAUCAAUUUUAGUUAGUUUACCACAAGUAGACGUCCGAUCCGUUUGUUCGUUCAUUCGCUGCCAAACCUGCCACUUCAAAUGGAUCGGACGUCUAUCGCCGUCAAUGGCAGCCAAUGAGUUGAAAGAGAUUACAUUGCUUCUUCUCUCAGCCUUUUUUUCUUACAUACUGUGUCAAUUUCAGCGCACAUGGAUUGCCUCCUAGUCACCAUUCACGCACAUGAAAUCAAAUUUUAAGAUGGUGAAAGAAUAAAAAAUAUUGUUGU